UUUCUCGACGGUUGGUUCGCUCGCAACGCAGGAAACGGAAGUGGUGGCAAAACGUGCAACAUCCGGCGGCAAACCACUCAAAAACAAAUAGAAUAUAACCAAACCAAAAACAAACCUGUAAACACACCCCAAAUAUAAAUAGUUAAAAUUUAAAAUAAAUAUUAUCAUAAUAUAGCCAAAUUUGUGUGCUUGUUGAUUCAAUCAAUAAUCAAAAUUAUUGCAAAUAAUUCAAAAUAUAAAGUGCUUUCGGAAGUUAUUAAUGUCUAAAUUGAAAACGCGUUUAACCCCCCAAAUCAAAUAUCGAUUAAAAGAAGUCAAAAAGUUUGUCGAAACGCUUUCGGAAUCAGAGCCACAGAAAAGAAGGCAAGGCAAACAAACAAACGAUAUGCGUAUAGGCCAGGCCAAAAAGGACAAGAUAACAAAUCCCCCAGCAGCACUUAAGGCAUAAAUCUCAAACUCAAUCAACCAACUGAGGCUGAGCAAAACAGGAGGGAAACCAAGGGACUCCUUAGACAGAGACAAACGAUCUAAGUGGCUGCUUUUCAUCUGGAUAUUGGGACACAGUCAGUGGUAGUCGGUGGCAUUUCAAGGAGCCGGAUAAGAAAGAGAACGACCAGGAGGACCAGGAGCAUCAGGAGCACCAGGGGCACCCUCAUCAUCAUCAUCCUGCAUGUUGAUUUCACUCGAAAUUGCGACCGCAACGAAGGACAAACCAAAUCACAUUCAAGGAGAACGCUUUCAAGGACACAAAAUGGCCAGGUUCAUCCAGGAAUUCAGGCUAUCUAGUGCACUUGCUGGCCAUUUGAAUUAUGGCUUUUGUCAGCAUGACGCUACCGUCGCCAGCCACGGUUAAGCUGAGCAGAUCCUCCACUUCGAGCCCGGUGAUCGGGAGCAGUCUGGGCCAGAAUGCGGCCACCCAUGGCGAUGCCAUCGAUGCCAGCGUCGACGGGAUUGCAGUCGACUGAAGUGCAUCACCAGGUGCAACCAGUGCACGUGCACCCACACGCCACGCCCUCCAAUCCGCAGGACAUCCACCAGGAAAGGAGUCAGCACAACCUAAACCUGAACCACAACCUAAACCUAGGCCACAACCUAAACCUUAAUCACAACCACAACGCCAAACUGCCACCGCUGGAAUUGCUGGUGGAGAACAAGAUCAGCUACAGUAGUUACCAGCAGCACGCGAAGGAUCUCAAGGAUCUCAAGAGCCAGAGCCACAAUCAAAACCGAUCCGCCAAAAGGAACUCUUUAAGUAGUCCCUCAUCCAGCGAGGAUUGUGUGAGUGGUGCCGCUCGAGCGAGUGUCUUUGAUGACGCCGCCGAGAGCUUUGUGAUCAACUUCCCCUCGGAGUCCUCGCAGAACUCGCAGCACUUGCUGCCGCUGUCGGAGACGGUGCCACUGCUCACCCACAUCGAGGCCACGGUGGUGGACAAGCAGCGCUCCAUAAGGCUGAGCAAGAACAGUGCCUCGCUGAUCUUCACCAAGAAGGAACUAACUAACCAGGGAUCCAACCAUCAUCCGCAACAUCCGCAUCAUAAUCACAAUCACAAUCACCAGCAGCAGAGGAGGCAGCACCACAGCAGCUUGUACGGAGUGGGCAGGAAGCCCACCAAGCACUUGCCACCCACAAGAGGUCAACACCAGAGGCGCAGCCUUCCGCUCAGCUACAACAACAAUCUGGUGACCACAAACCAAUCCGGAGGAGGAGGAGGCGGAGGCGGAGGAGUAGGUGCAGGGGGAGCUGCCAAGCUUGUGCCGCUCAAGCAGCACCAGCACCACGGAGGUGGCCACACGGCACCACCCACGGCCAACGUCGUCGUCGCCGGUGGAGCGGGAGCUGCGGCUCCGUCCGCCCGCAAGCAGCUCUCCUACUCCUGGUACGCCCCCGUCUACAGUGCGCUCGAGGAGGAGCUGGAACAGGACUCGCGGGACUCCUCGCCAAUCCACAAUCUGGCCAACACAAAGCAGCACCAGCGCUCCGCCAGCCAAAAGGCCACCGCCGCCCUGCAUGCCACGCCCCGCCACGAUCACGGCCACGCCCACGAUUCCGCCGACGCGGAGACGGUCGCCCUGCUGGAUCCGCAGGCGCGCGGCAAGAUCAUCAUUUCCUCGGCGAAUGGCGAUGUGGGUGGCACGGGGGCAGGAGGCGGAGGAUCUGGGAACGGAGGAGCACUGGCUGCGAAUGGAAACGGAGGAGGAGGAGGAGGCGGAGUUGGAGGUGGUGGGGAUUUGGAGAGCUCACUGGGACUUUCUGGCGGUGGACAGUUGCCGCGAAGGCGUCGCUUCGAGAACUUUCUCAAAUCGCUGGUGGGACUCAAGGCGAGCAGCAGUCGUGGCAGAAACGGAGAAGGUAACGGAGGUAAUGGAGGCUCCAUCACCGGAGGAGGUGGUGGCUUACCAGAUCGGGAACGACCCGCCUCCCCGGAGAUCCGGAUCACGCGCACUCCCUCCGAACAGGAUGUGGUGCUCCGCGAUCCCGCUGGCCGUCAGCUAGCCAACGGCGGCCACCAGGGCCAAGGACGCACCAGCCUGAGCAUCAGCGGUUCGAGCAGCUCCUUGAACGUCGUCCAGCAGAAGAUAUGGCACAUCGUGCGACGCGAGGGCAGCGCCAGCAGUCUGCACCAGGAGAAGUCCCAGUCGAUCGUCCAGUACACGGGACUCCGCAAGUGCGAAACGGUGCUGGCUCUCACCCGCCAGUCCCAGUCGCAUGGCCAGGUCCAUGGAUUGAGCCAGAGCCGGAGUCAGGGUCACUCGCUGGCGGUUCACGGGAGCGGGAUCUUCAGUUCGGGUGGCGUGGAGCAGAUCCGGCCACUGAAUCGCCUGCGGAACAGUGUGAGCAGCAUGAACGGCGUGGGCACUUGCUCCCGGUGCUCUAGUUUGCUAUCGCUGGCUGCCUCCGGAUCGCGUUACUCCCUGGCCAAUGGGUUUGUCCCGCGUCCGGACUCCGCCUUGAAUCACUUGGAGAUGGGAUCGGAGGAGGAGCGUCGGCGGUUGCAGGAGCCGCACAUCAAUGUGAAUGCCCAGAUCCGGUUGAGUGGCGGGGCAACUGCCAACUCGACCAGUCCCAGUCCGCCGUCCAAUGUCACCACGGCCACGUUGCACUCGAGUUCCGGGAAUAAUCUGAAUCUUAAUCAGAAUCUAAAUCUGAACCAGAAUCUGAAUCUGAAUCAGGAGCAGGAGCAGCAACAGCAGCAGUUGGCCAAUUCUACGCCCGCAACCACGCCCACUGCGGCACCGGGGGGCGGGGAACUGGGACCCUUCGGUACCAACCACGCCUAUCCGCUGACUGUGAGCUCCCUGCUCUCGAUGGCCAGUGCGAACCAGGCGGCGCAGGCCUGCUGCGUUCGGGAUGGCAUUGCGUUGAAGCGACGCGAGAUGCUCGCCUCCGCGGAUGUUACGCCCUCGGUGGGCACUCCGGCCACGCCCACUACCGCCGCCGCCUUCCAGCCGUUCACCUGCAAGCUGUGCCUCAUCGACGUCGAGGAGGUGGCCGAGGCCAUGGCGCUCCAGCAGUGCUGCUGCCAAUUCUGCAUCGAGUGCAUGCGGGCCUACGUGGAGUUCGAGAUUUCCGAGGGCGCCUACGAGAUCUCCUGUCCGGAUGCCAAGUGCCCGGCUCAGGGCGCCAUUUCGCUGCCCGAGAUUGCGAACCUAACGACAACGAAUCUGCUGAAGAAGCACCAUCGCUAUCGCCUGAAUAGAGAAAUCGAACUGGACAAGACGCGCACUUGGUGUCCGCGGGCUGGCUGCGAGACCAUCUGCAUGGUGGGUGGAGCGGCGCAGGCGGGUCAGUCCGGCGCCAUUUGCCAAAUGGACGAGUCGCCGUCGACCUCGCAGAGCUACAGCCCACAGCAGGAGGCGGCCGGAAGCGGAAGCGGAAGCGCAGGUGGCGCAACCGGAAACGGGGCAGCCGUGCUCUCGGUGUCCGUGCACUGUCCCUCCUGCAAGGACGAGUUCUGCGGCCUCUGCAAAAAGGCGUACCAUCCAAACAUUAGCUGCGAUGAGUUUGGGCGACGACUGAUUGCCGAUGGCCAGGACGACAUUGGAAUUCCGUUCGACAACGAGCUGAUCAAGUGCUGCCCCAUGUGCGCUGUGCCCAUCGAGAAGGACGAGGGAUGCGCCCAGAUGAUGUGCAAGCGCUGCAAGCACGUCUUCUGCUGGUACUGCCUGGCCAGUUUGGAUGAUGACUUCCUACUGCGCCACUACGACAAGGGACCGUGCAAGAACAAGCUGGGCCACUCCAGGGCCUCCGUGGUGUGGCAUCGCGCCCAGGUGAUCGGAAUCUUCGCCGGCUUCGGCAUCCUGCUGCUGGUGGCCUCACCGCUCCUGCUUCUGGCCGCUCCCUGCAUCAUCUGCUGCAAGUGCCGAGGGUGCAGCGGCUCCAAGAUCGACGAGGUGGACGGCGAACUGGAGGAGGAGGUGACCGCCUUGCAGGGCUAGGUGGCUCGACCGACCUCCCAAGUGGGCACCAAUCCAUAUACGACAUUAGGCUGCAGCCUGUAAAUGCAGCUGCUGUAAUUACUGGUAGAUUCUAUUGUUAACGACGACGAGAAGAUUACGUACAUUUAUUUUAGUUAUUACAAUUAUAAUUGUAUAUGUGUUAACUAAAUUGUGAUAUUUACAGUGAUUCGAUUUCUAAUUGAAUCGACAAAUUUGUUGAGAACCUAUACAAAGACCAGACGCCUUCGAUUCUUUUUAGGUUCUGUCUCUACAUACGAGUAUAUUCUUUCCUCCCCUAACUACACUUACGAAUACAAAUAUUCGCCUAAAUCAAUCUGUAUAAAUCGAGUAGGUCCUCUUUAUAGCCGAUAAGUUAGUCUAAAUAUAUUAGGAGUACGCCUCGUAUUUCAACAGUGCUUUUAUAUCGCACCCACCCAAACAAAAAGAACCCCACUCACCCACUCAAUCCUUCUCUCAAGUAUUACGCAUGCAACUAAUAAGCCCAAGAUCCUUGGGCCACUUUGAUUAACUGCUUGGCAAUGCUUUUAUCUACGCAAACAUAUAUAUACUGCAUAUAUAGGAGGUGUAUAUGAUGUCACUACUACUGUUUAUUAAAUGUAUUUAAAUGUAAAUGUUAAUAUGCAGCUAAAACAAAUGUAAAACAGAUCGCUGCUCACCGAGUGCACAUCCAAAAACUGGCUGUGUGCCAGUUGGGCAGAGUUUGGUUAAUGUAAAUUAUUGAAUUAUUUAAUGCAUAUACACUCGGAACACAUAUAUCAAAAUACGUAUGACAUAAAAGUGCGUGUAUAUUUAAAAAAAAAAAAAAACAUAUUUAAACUCUACUCUUAAUGUGAACAACUACCGCGUAUGCUGUUUGAAAUAAAAAUGUUAAAAGAAAA